CAUAUAGUUCUAUAACGACAUAAAAAUGAGUCAAUAAGGACGUCUUGCGUUACCAAGCCGUGUAACUUGUGGAAAGAAGCUGGCAUUGAUACACAUAUAAGGCAGGCCCUAUCAAAUAAUUAAAGAGACAAGGGUUUAUUCUUUUUUUAUUUUAAAUUAUCUACUAUACCACAAUUAUGCCAAACAACGAAACGGCGCCUGAUCCCGUCAUUGACGUUAAAAACUUUACAUUCAACUAUGGCGGACCAGACAUUGUCAAGGAUUUAUCACUCGAGGUUAAUCCAGGUGAACGAAUCUUGAUUGUAGGCGCGAAUGGUGCAGGCAAAACGACCUUGUUGCGCAUUUUGGCGGGCAAACGCAAAAUAGAAGGUCAUGUCCGUGUCUUUAGUCGUCAUGCAUUCGUUGAUGCACCAGCUGGCGUAUUGUAUCUCGGUACAGAUUGGGCCCAUAAUCCUCAUAUCAGGUCCGACAUGUCUGUCGACUUUUACUUGUCAAGCAUGGGCAGCAAACGAUGGCCAGAGCGUACAAAGCGAUUGCUCGAAGUACUUGAAGUGGACUUGAGUUGGCGUCUGCAUCAGUGCUCGGAUGGUCAGUUGCGGCGUGUCCAGUUAACCAUGGGUUUGUUGCAGCCAUGGAAUCUUUUGUUACUCGAUGAAGUGACAAUGGAUCUGGAUAUCCUUGUACGCACCGAAUUGUUAAAGUUUUUGCGCGAAGAAACAGAAACUAGAGGUGCUACGAUUGUCUAUACUACCCACAUUUUUGAUGGGCUGAGUUCAUGGAUGUCGCAUGUGGUGCGCAUGGCAGAUGGCGCUGUUCUUGCGAAGUACGACAUAAAUGAUUUCCCAGAGUACGAUGCAGUGAAAAAGUACCAUCGAGAACAUGGCAUGAUGGACUCGCCGUUGAUGGCAUUGUGCUACAAGUGGAUAAAGGAGGACCACAGGCGAGGUGGUGAUCAAGCAAAGCGCCAAGUGGAACCAGAAACAGGAUUACCUCACUCGAAAUGGGAUGAUUUGAAGGGUGAUAUGAAGCAAUUCGGUGACAAAUAUUACAAUUACUGGAAUUAGACGAUAGAGUUACCACCUUGAUUAUUUCUCAAUCUCCGUACAUCUUGUUGCCAUUGCUCUUUCCUUCCUCCUCCGUGCUCACUAGAGAUUGCUUGUCUGCUUCUGUAUGAAAACCGGAUUUUCGUAUUUGAAGAAC